UGCAAAGUGGCAUUAACGACUCUUUAUUGUUUACGUAAAGUUUUUGUUGUUUAAAUAUUGGGUGGUUUGACAUUUCGGAAAUAAAAAAGCUUAUUUGAUGCAAUUUUAUUCAUUUGUAAAAUUCGGAAUUCAUUAAGAAUGAAAAUUUACAUUUUUUAUGUACCAUAGCCAGAAUCAUGACUAAUGAAGAAUUGCCAGUUAGCUUAGAGAAGCUUGAAAUAGUAUCAAGAUUUCAAAAUAUUGAUGAUACUAACAAAGCUUCUAAGAAUCCAUUUAAUAAAAAAUUGCUUGCAGUUGAAAAUGAUUCAACAAAUAAACAUAUCCAUGUAAUAUCACAAACACAAUUCAAAAAAAAUCCACAGAAGAAACCUAUUUUAAGAGAACCAGUAUUAAAAUUGGUCGUACGGAAUAUGAAGAAAAAUCCUAAUAAUCCAGUAUUAGGAUGCAAAACAAGAACACAUUUAUCGAAGACUGCCAAAGUAUUUGGUGAUGAACAGUCAGAUUCUUUAAAUUUUAAAUCAUUGCUUUCUAGCUGUCCUGAAUUUGCAUCUAAGCCCAAAGCUGCAAACAAGCAGUACUCACAAAAAGUAUUUAAACAAGUUAGAUGCAAAUCUAAAACAUUAGAAAAUCAAUUAGAAGUUCAUCGUAGUUUAAUGUUAAAAUCAACCGAAGUGCAUAGUUCUUGCUCUCAGCAAGCCAGAAUGAAUGAACCAUGUGAUAUAACAAUUGAUGAAUUAGCAUCAUAUUUUGAGACUUUUGUUCACAUACCUAAAAAGAUGUCUUCAAUGGCAGAAAUGAUGUAUAUUUAAUGAUAUUUUUUUCAUAUUUGUAAAUUGUUUACUUAUAAGUUCUCUAUAUUUAUGUAAAUGAAUUAGUGUAAUAUUGAUAAAGUACCAUUAGUUCAUGUUUUUGUAUACAUAUAAAUCAAAUAGUAUAUUACAUCAUCUAAGCUAUAAUAAAUUAGUAGUUAAAUUUAAGUAGAAGAAUAUUUG